AUGGAAAUCAGGUGUCAUCGGUGUGUAAAUCAUUCUGCUCCCGACUCUGACGUCCGAGCAGCAGCCGAGCGGCUCUGAUCCACACUCUGAUAAGAUGAAUGUGUCACGCGAGCUCGUCACCCGCAACUCCAGCAAACCAGAGUGCGUGUGUGUCGAGGGUUCUGUGGUUUUUCUCUCAAUGGUCGACAUCAUCACUUUUCUCACCGGUCAACCUGUGGUCGUCACGCUGCUGUGGACCAUCCUCACCUCCAGGAAGACUCCAGACAUCCUGAAUUUUCACUUAGCCCUUUUCCACAACUUGCAGUACUUGAUCUCCCUCGUACAUCUCUGCUUCCUCUUUCUUGUGCGAGACGAGCAGUGGAAAGUCUUCAACUUUCUGCUUGUGUAUGCACAGACCGGAGGGCCCAUGAGUUUGGGUUUCAUCUGCUUCCAGAGGUACGUUGCGGUGAUUCACCCGACGUCCUACCCUCUGCUGAAGAAGCACAGAUACAGGGAGGCUUGUGUGGCGACGGUGUGGCUCUUCUCUUUGUCCUUCGCCGUCACAAAUGUUUUGGGUUCAGAGUCCAUCGCCCCUGUCGCCAUGGCCUUCUUCAAGAAUUUCCCGUUUUUUGUGAUGAUAGCCAUGACGUGUAUGAUGGUGCACUCCACCAUCCAAACCAUCAGGAUGCUGAAGAAGCCCGGCCCAGAGAGCAACAAGAUGAAUCCGGCCAAGAGGAGAGCCAUCAAUGCCGUCCGAGCCACGUCCGCCAUCACCUUGUGUUUUUACUUUCCAGUCACUUUGAUGGCAAAGAUCCAAACUACGUGCAAAUUUGCCUGCCAGACAGCACCUUUCAGUUUUCUCCUGUUGUCUGCUGCGAGUGUUGUGGAUCCGCUGUGUCACCUCUCCACCCUAAGAAAGUUGUUCGCCUGCUGCAAGUGUGAGGAAAAACCCAGACGCUCGUAGAGCUCAUUUCUCCCACAAGGCCCAACGGUCCCUGAAUCCAUCAAGCUGCAGCCAAUUCCACAUCGACCUCAGUCCCCCUGAAUAAUAUAAUUCAUCAAGAUCCACAAAUUACUACCUGCGAAAUCGUCAAUGUUAAAGAGAGUGAGGAGAAAUUCCUGGAUCUGCACCAAAUGUAAUGGUUUCUUUCUUGACUAAUUCAACAAAA